GGCAAACGCUCUGGAGCCCACGAUAUGCCAUCAUGUACUCUAUCGCUAUGGUCUCUGACUUUUUCUAUCCGCAACCAGGCGGUAUAGAGUCGCACAUCUACCAGCUCUCCCAAAGACUCGUUGACCGCGGCCACAAAGUCAUUGUCAUUACGCAUGCCUACGGAGAUCGUGUUGGGGUGAGAUACCUGACCAACGGCCUCAAAGUUUACUAUGUCCCGUUCUUGACCAUUUACAGAGAGGCAACCAUGCCUACUGUCUUUUCCUUCUUUCCCAUCUUUCGCAAUAUUGUCCUGCGAGAGCAAGUCCAGAUUGUGCAUGGUCACGCGUCUCUGUCUUCACUAUGUCAUGAAGCUAUUCUCCAUGCCCGGACUAUGGGCUUGCGAACAUGCUUCACGGACCAUUCUCUGUUUGGUUUCGCAGACGCAGCAUCGAUCCUGACAAACAAACUGCUGAAAUUCACACUCUCUGACGUCGAUCAUGUCGUUUGUGUCUCUCACACUUGCAAGGAAAACACAGUCCUACGUGCUGCACUCGACCCUACCAUGGUCUCCGUUAUUCCAAACGCCGUGGUCAGCUCAAACUUUUCACCAGCAAUCUCACCACCGCUUUUGACUGAGGAGAUUGUCAUUGUGGUCAUUUGCCGUCUUUUCUACAACAAGGGCGCCGAUCUGCUUGUUGCUUGUAUUCCACGCAUCUGUGCAAUGCAUCCCAAAGUCAAAUUCAUCCUGGCCGGUGAUGGACCAAAGAUGAUUGACUUGAUCCAAAUGCGGGAAACGUACAUGCUUCAGGAUCGCAUUGAGAUGCUGGGUGCAGUGCGUCACGAAAAUGUGCGCGAUGUCAUGGUGCGUGGACACAUCUACCUCCACCCGUCGCUGACCGAAGCCUUUGGCACAGUCAUUGUCGAAGCAGCGUCGUGUGGCCUCUAUAUUGUAUGCACGCGUGUCGGUGGUGUCCCUGAGGUGUUGCCAGACCAUAUGACUGUCUUUGCCAGGCCAGAGGAAGAUGACUUGGUCACGGCAACAUCACGAGCCAUUGAUGAUCUGUGCCGUGGACGCGUCAAGACUGACAAGUUUCAUGACCAAGUCAAAAGGAUGUACUCGUGGACAAACAUUGCGGCACGCACUGAGCAAGUGUAUGACCACAUCAGUGCCAACGCGUCGUUGCCACUCAUGGAGCGUCUCAAGAAGUAUUAUGGAUGUGGCGUUUAUGCAGGCAAGCUGUUUUGCAUGCUUGUGGCCAUUGACUUCUUGCUUCUCAUUGUGCUCGAAUACUUGCAACCACUUGCGUCGAUUGACAUUUGCAAGAAUUUGACGGUCCAUCGGCUGACUGGCCUGGUUGAGACGAAGCAAGGCGAAUUAGAGGACAUAGACACAAGGAAAGAUUAA